CGAAACCUACGAUGUCCGAAAUGGCUAUGUACGAACAAACCAAGAGAGAGGCAAGAGGCUUGGUGCCCGGGCGGGACGGAAGUGGUUGGGCACGUUGCCUUUCACCUAAUGCCUCUCUUCACCCAGCAAUAAACAGGGCUGCUGCGACACCUUGGUGACUACUCCCAGGGCUGCUGCGACACCUUGGUGACUACUCCCAGGGCUGCUGCGACACCUUGGUGAUUACUCCCAGGGCUGCUGCGACACCUUGGUGACUACUCCCAGGGCUGCUGCAACACCUUGGUGACUACUCCAGGGCUGCUGCGACACUUUGGUGACUACUCCCAGGGCUGCUGCGACACCUUGGUGACUACUCCCGAGGCAGUUGCGACACAACACCCUCCUCACCUGCUUCACUAUGACCGUUCACCUUUCAACUGUUGUUAUCGGGGGAGGUACUGGCUUUAUCGGUACAGCUCUUGGCCGCAGCCUCAGGCGUCGCGGUUAUGACGUUCUAACUGUCUCGAGAAAACCGGGGCCGUACAGCAUAACAUGGGGUGACUUCAACAAGACAGGUUUACCCGACUCAACAACAGCAGUAAUCAGCCUUGCUGGCCAGAAUGUAUUGGAUCCAAUGAGGCGAUGGACUGAAGGUUUUAAACAAAAUGUUUGGGCAUCGCGAAUCAACACGACAAGGUACUUGGCUCAGGCUAUUCAAGCAGCAAGUGUUAAACCCAAGGUGUUUGUGACUGCGUCAGGGGUGGGGUUUUAUCCAGCAAAUCAAGAUGAAGUGUAUGACGAGGAUGGCCCCGGGGGGGAUUUUGAUUUUUUGUCUCGUCUGUGCUCGGACUGGGAAAAUGCAGCAAACCUUCCAUCCGACCUUGGUGUGAGAGUAGUGAAGAUAAGAACAGGUGUUGUCCUUGGUCGUCAGGGCGGAAUGGUUCAACAGCUCUUCUUGCCGUUUUACAUGGGUCUUGGGGGUCCGGUGGGAAGUGGUGAACAACCUAUGCCUUGGAUCCACAUUGAAGAUAUAGUCGGCAUUUUCAUCCACUCAAUUGAAUCGGAAAAUGUCACUGGAGUGGUCAAUGGAGUGGCACCGCAAAUUUUAACAAACAAGGAAUUUGCAACAGCUUUUGGAAAAGCUCUUUGGAGACCAUCUGUCAUACCCCUGCCAACAUUUGCGGUAAACAUGCUUUUCAAUGAAGAACGAGGUAAAAUUAUGACAGAGGGACAAAAGGUAAUCCCAAAGAAAGCUCUUCAAACCGGAUAUUCAUUUAAGUACCCAAAUAUUACCGUUGCUGCAAAAGAAUUUGCAAGGCUUAUAUAUGCAGAUAACAUGCAUAUAUAGGCUUGGGUCAUGCAUAUUUAGAACUUCUCUAUUAAUAAAUUUUGUUUAUUUGCGCUGCAGCUCAAGAAAACUCUAAACAAUUGUAUUUAUAUUAUAUAAAUAGGUUAAACAGUAUGCAUUGGAAUUUCUUUUAUUGCCCAUUUUGGAGGGCAAAAACACAAGAAUUUGUGUAGCAUCUCCCCAUAAAUUUUUGUUUAAGCGUUCAAAUAAUCAGCCUUAAUGUACACUACACAGUACUGUAUAUACAUUAGUAUAUAUAUAUUAUUUUUUUUACUUGCAUGUUGAAUGCUGCACAAAAACUACAGUACUGUGUAUGUAUUUACAGUAUAACAAAGUUAUAAAAAUGUUUUUACUUUAUAAUUGUAAUUUUAUGUAAUAACAUCGUACUCAUUUGGUUCCUAUUGACAGGAAGCAUGUUAGACUUAUCGAAGUCCUGGCAGGCCAAUUAAUGAUCUUCACCAGGAUGUGAGCCACAAUGGUUACCUACCUUUUGGGUAUAUAUAUUUACUGCUAGAUGAACAGUGGCACCAGGUGAAAGAAAGCAUGUCUAAACAGCACAGAGCAUCAUCUUGCCUUACCAACAGCAGCCUCAUUCAUUUGUGUUAACUACUUAACAUGAGCCUAGUACAGUCCCUUGUGCCUAACUUAAUUAACAUAUUGUUUCUGUAUUUCCUGUGAAUAUUUUAUAUUUUUGCCUUCAUGGGUCAUAAAGGAGAAAUGAAUUUAUCACCAGUAAUACUAGACUUUAGAUAUUUAUAAGAGCCAUGACACAGCCGAGGAUAUUUGGCUUGCAUGUGGUACAGUAGUACCGGUGAUGCUACCAGGUGGGGAAUGUAUGUAGAUAACCACCUCACUUAGAGGAGACUAUCUCAUCACAUUUUGCUAGCUUUCACACUAUUAAACCAAGAUUUAACCCCUCAACUGCGCCGGCCAACAAAUGUCGUUUUGAGUUAUACUUAUUAUUUUUUUUUAAUUAGGCUAUAUUUUAAUGUUUUCAUUACUCUGUGUUUUGAAAUGAAAAUAGUUUAGUUUGGAAAUAUUUUGACAUUAACUUUACCUGAACAUUUAUAAAAACAACAAAAAUAUGUCCUUAGCAAUUGCACUUUUUGGCAAAAACUUCAAAAAGGUGCAGAGUGCAGGAGUUGAGCAAUCCUCUGAUUGAUUGAUCCCAUCAAUGUGCCUCUAACCUCUUCCAUCUACUGCCCAUGUGACAGGUAUGGGUUGCAUACUAAAUGAACAAAUCAAUCUGUGAUUGGGCAAACUCUUUUUAAUGUACAGUAGUAUUAUUCUUUUAUACUAUAUUGGUAUUUUUCUAUGUCUGCAAUCUCCCUAAUUUUUAUGCAGAAAAUCCCGAAGGACAAAUGCUGUCACCUCUAUGAAUGUGCAAUAUUGGAUAACACUACACUAUAGUGGUCCAGCCUCGUCCCAGGACGCAAACAGUCCAUCCCACUUGGUGCCCAGCACAGCAACGUGCAAUUUAUAUAUUUCUAUUUUCGGGUUGUAACUAUGAAUUUUUACGUUAAAAUGUUUGGAAGUGAACGCUCUAGAUCACCGAUGCAAAAAAUGACUACGUGCAAUAUAGUUUGUAUGUUGCAUAUACUGUAUACAGUAUAUAGUGUUAACGAUGUACGACCUCGUAUAACUAACUUGGGACUUAUUGAGAAGUAUUAUAUUGAUAUUAUCACAUGUGUAAAUCAUGAUGUGGUAGGUAAAGCAUAAAUUUUCUGUAAUUGUGUAAAUAUUAUUGCUUUAUUGGAUAAAUUUGAGAAUAAAAUAAGUGUAUUUAACAUGUCAGGUGUGGUUAGUGAAGGUAUAUAAUAAUGUACACGUAGUUCAUAAGCACGAAGGGAAAAAAUGAAUGAAACAAAUGAAAACUUUUUCAGUGAAAAGUUUCUAUCAAGAUUCCCAUGGUUUUAUAAUUGAACUAGUAAUUAAUCUAUUAUUUUAUCAAUGUUUGCAUUUCACAUCAUGUAAUAAGUUUUAAUUAUAAUUUUUUCUUAAAUUUAAAAGCGCACAGUACAAUCACACAUAGUAUUUAAUUGUUAUCAUAAAUUUUAAAUUAAUUUCUUCAAGAUAGUAUGUGAUGUAUAAUACAAUAUCUGGCCUUAUGAAAUCUUCCUUAAGUAAAUUAUGGCCUUCAUGUGAUACAGCAGCUCACCCUUGUGUGUCACAUCUCAAAGGUGACACACACAAAUGAGUAGAUUCAAUAGUCCGAACCACUUUCCUUAGCACUUCUACUUUAGCUAGAAUAAGAACUGUUGGAAUUUUUUUGGGUAAUGAACCUACAUAGCCUUCCCGGCUAGUUAAUCAACCAAGUAUCAACCAAUGAGCCAUAUUUAACUGUCCUUUGAAUCAGCUAUAUAGUUGUACAGGCUUAGUGCUUUCUCCACAUAACUAUUGUACCUUAUUCCUGGAAUCGGGAAAUCAAGUGUGGAGCAUGAAUCUCGCAGCAGAUUUUGAACGAUGUGCAGAGGGAUCCAGAUUUGGGAAGGUGCAUGGUAUAGUGAACACCCUUCUAAAAAAUUUACAAUGAAAUGAUUGGCUAGCUCUAUAUAUAUACAUUGGACAGGUCUUCUAACCCUGACCGAGUAUAAUCCUUUAUCUUGUUUAUAAACUGUGCCUUUUGGUUAUCCCACACUCUUGACGGUGCUACAGUGCCUUCCCGGCUUGGUGUCUUCUUUUGAUAAUUACGUAUUUAUAGACUGUAAAUGUGAAACAUCACGAACUGUUCACAAUAUGAUGCUGAAAUGUGUUAUGGUAAUUGGAAUAUCAAUUAAUAUUCAAACAAUGAUAAUAAAUGACCAUUUAUUAGUACAUAGCCAUCUUUUGUUAAUAGUUUAAUUUUUUUUAGUUUAAGCUAGUUUAUUCAAAAAAAUUAUGGCGACUCAAAUUAUGGUAAUUAAAUUUGGUUGCAGUAAUUUAGUUUGCCUCAUUAGAAAGCUAAAAUAUGUUUAUUAAAGUGUAACUGAAAUUGUGAAGAAAUUUGGAAAUUUAAAAAAAUACGAAACUCAUUAAAUACUCAGAAUUUAGUAAAAAAAAAAAAAAAAAAGUUGCACAUUUUGCAGCAGGUGUGACACUGUGCAUCGUGCAAUCACUUCCACAAUGUUGGAUAGGCACUAACAAAAAUAUUCAAGGAUUUAAGCACAUUAAAUCUCAAACCAUUAAUUUUAUCUGCAAAAAUGUAGCGCCUAAAACUUUCAACAUGGUGAAUUAUAAAUAAAUUUGAAUACUGUAUACUAUAAUGGAAUGUCACCUUUUUUUUUUUUGCUAAAAAAUAUGGCAACACUCCAGUAUGCUGGGAUUCUAAGUGCUGUUUGUGAUAAUAAUGAAAACUGUAGAGUUGGCAGAGUUCUUUCAAAUAAAGCUUAACAUCUUAUGAAAA